CCUAAAUGUUAUUAAUUAACAGAUUUAGCUAGGUCAUCAACUUUAUAUGCCAUAGACAAAGAAUCUGCAUACACUUUAUGAUUGGAUCAGUAUAAUAGAGAAGAUGUAUAAAAAUAUUUCUUCAAUCAUGGGCAGUGCCAUGGUAUCAAGAUUCGUGAAUAUUGGAAUAGCAAAACGAAUAUCAUGUGUACUUGUUGUAGUUCUUCUAGUUGCGAAUGCUCUCAACUACAUCGACUCAGGUUUAAAUCCAUGCAGAGGUCUACUUAAAAAUGGAAUUUUGUUGGACAAGGAACAAGGUGUUUGGCAACCUCAUGGAUGCAUGAUGCACAAAUAUAAAACAAAGGAUUCUUACUCUUGUCUGCAAAACAAAAAACUGGCAUUUGUUGGCGAUUCAAGAAUGAGAGAACUUAUGUUUUCAUUUGUACAUGCCAUCAAUCCAGAUGCAAAAACGCCAGAAGGAAAAAUUCAUUCAAAUAUACCUAUUAAAGAAGACAAAAUAUCAUUGUCAUUUUACUGGGUACCUGAGCUCAACGAGACUGCAACAAAUUUGCUGGGAAAUUGGGGUGAGAGCUCUGAUGAUCGUCCAGAUAUCAUAUUUCAGUCAGCUGGGGCGCAUACACUAAAGAAAAAUGGUUCUCUCGAGGAUAUAUAUGAACAAUAUACAAAAAAUUUCACUUUAAUAUUAAAGGAAAUGCAGUAUUUAGUCAAAGAACAUAGGACUAAAAUUUUUUGGAUUAUGCAAGAACCAGUUGAGGAAAGCAAACUUAUCCCAUUAAGAAGACUCAUCACAAAUCAAAGAAUCAAUCAAUAUAAUGAAGCUGUUAAAGGUUUGCUCACAGAAAAGGAUUCUGAAAACAGGAUUCAAGUUAUUGAAUCAUUUAAAUGGAUAUCAUACGAAUUAAUAGAAUUAUCUGAAGAUGGACUCCACUUACCACCACAAGCAUUGAAAAUAGAGUCAAGUAUUUUAUUGAAUCUCCUGUGCAACAACAAUCUUCAUCCGAUCGAUGGAACCUGUUGUCAGUCUUCACCUAAUGUAACCGCUAUUCAGAUUGUUGUGUUUCUUCUUGGCCUUAGUUGUAUUGUGGGAGCAAUCACCAUGACUUACCUCAAAUGGAGAAUCUUGAAGCACCCUCCGCCUGAUAUUGAGUUAGGAGAUGUCGCACAAAACGGAUCUGUUGUUGAAAGUGCAGAAAAAUUAUUGCCGAAAGAUACAAAAGAAAUCGCUGCGACAAAGAAAACAAAAGAAAACACUAAAUUUGAUGAUACAUUGGAAUUAAUUAUAGCAUUAUCAAAGUUCACAAUUAUUAUGAUGUAUUUUUAUAUCUGUGAUAGAACAAAUAUCUUUAUGAAGGGCAACAAACAUUUUACAAAUGCAAGAUUUUUUCUUCCAUUGCUUUAUAUAAGUUUGUUGGGUUUAUUCGGAAUAAUUUCAACAUCACAAACAGCUUUAUUAAAUCGUGAUCAAACAGAUGAAUGGAAGGGAUGGAUGCAACUCAUCAUAUUAAUUUAUCACAUGUCUGGAGCUUCUGUGAAUGUACCAAUCUACAUGCACAUAAGGAUACUUGUUGCAAUGUAUCUAUUCAUGACAGGAUAUGGACAUUUCUCAUAUUUCUGGCAUAAAGGAGACUAUAGUCUAUACAGAGUAUUAAAUGUUGUCUUCCGAAUCAAUCUUCUCACUGUAUCAUUAUGUUUGGUGAUGGAUCGUUCUUAUCAAUUUUACUAUUUUGUACCAUUGUGUACAUUUUGGUUCGUCAUCUUGUAUAUUUCUAUGACGAUAUGGCCAAGAGCGAACAUCAAAAUGCAGACAGCUACUACAAAUGGAACAAUACCAGCAGAACCUUCAUCUAAUGGACCAGAAAAAGAUUAUCCAUUGCGAAAUUUCAACUUGAGAUCACCAUACUCCAUCAUGUUUUUCAAACUAGUGAUGCUGUUUCUUGUCAUAAGUGUUCUUUUCGUGUCUCAGAGUUACUUUGAGGCGAUCUUCUCCUGGUGGCCUGCUAUACGUUUGUUUGAGCUUCCAACAGGAUCAGUACGAGAGUGGUGGUUUAGGUGUCAGUUGGACAGAUAUGCAAUGCUUCAUGGAGCUGUUCUCUGCUUUAUUUAUAUCAUUAUGAAAAAAUUGUCUGUGCUGGAUGAUUCGAAGCAAGGAUGUUUGUUAUCAACUAAAGCAUCUUUCAUCACAAUGACUUUAUCAAUCGGAAUAGUUGUCACUUAUACAGUUUGGGCAGCACAAUGUACUGAUAAGUUUACAUGCAACAGAAUCCAUUCCUAUGCAUCAAUAUUGCCUAUAACUGCUUUCAUCAUCAUUAGAAAUGUACCUGGUUAUCUAAGAAGUGGAUACAGUGCAUUUUUUGCUUGGUUCGGCAAAAUAUCAUUGGAGCUUUUUAUCGGACAAUAUCACAUUUGGUUAGCAGCCGACACAAAAGGAAUGCUCGUUCUCAUAUCACCGGAGUGGCCGACAUUAAAUCUUGUCAUUACAUCAUUUAUUUUUGUAUGCAUCGCACAUGAAAUCAAUCUAAUCACUGGUAUUUUAACAAAACACGCACUUGGUUCACCAAAAGAUGAGGUUAUGAAAGUUCUAAUACGAUUAGCGGUAUUUGUAUCAUCCAUAUGUGCAAUAUCAUUUAUUAAUAAUACAUUUAACCCCCCUACUUUCGGUGGUACGUGAAGAAGUUUAUGUCGGAGAGCAACACUACUCAUCUCAGCAGUGCAUAUGGCAGUGGUUUUCAAACUCUUUACACCGCCCCCUCUUUUUAGAAUUUGUCAAUUCUCGCACCCCACCCUCAAAAAUAACCAACUAAUAAUAAACUAUAAAUAACAGAUAGUAAGGUGGAAGUAUAUUUUAUUCAAAAGACACAUUGAAAAUAUGCGGAUGGAACGCAGAUUUGAGCACUGUAUCUGUUAUUGAAAAGAAAAUUUGAUGACCACUUCCGGUUUCCUCUGGAUGGGAAAUUUCUCAUGCUUAAGACCCACUGAUUCAAGUUCAUAUUCGGUUGAAAAAAAAAACUUAUAAUAAUAUAUUACUGUGAAUAGUGGUGAUUUUACUUAUUUUUUAAAGAGAUUGUAAACUGUUUUUUUUUUCAUAUGAAUUUGUUGUUUACAUGCUGAAGACAAAGUUAAUAAUAUUCACUAUUAACAAUAGGCUAAUAUUUAACAGUUGUACUUGAGUGUUUUUAUGUUUUUUUUUUAUUUUUUCAAUUCGUAUCAACUAUAAAGAAACUAUAGCAUUUUCUUUAUUCGAUCAGAAAUUUUAUUUCGCGAUUUUACAUUAUUUUUACUUUUUCGAAUUUUAUACACAAACAGUGUGCUUAGAUUAUCUCGUAGUUUAUAUUCUUUCAUAAAUGUUUUGUGCUCGACAUUAUUUGAAUUAAGUUGAAAUGUUACAUAUUAUUUUCAUUCUAUGGUUCGCGAUUUGGAGCCACAGUGUACUCAAACUGAGACUCCAGCUUCAUAGAUAGCCAUUGAUGUUUCGAGACUGUAAGAAUGUUUUGGCAUUGUACCCACUAUGUAAAAAAUUUUGAUUGAGAAACAUUUACACUUUGAAGAUUUUUUAUCAAUUCAAUUUUGGGAAACAUCAAUUGGGUUGUUUCAAGAUUUUUACGCCAACUUCUGGCUCCAAAAACAAGACUGGCAAACCAUCUAAAUAUCAUAGUAUCCAGUUCAAAGUGCCCAAACCUACCCAAAAAUUGAAAUUUUGAACUCGCUGUAUCAAAACCAUUAUCGGUAAUCUAUUUGCAAAAAAACUAUUUAUCCGCCUUUCAUACCAUAACAUAAAUAUUUCAUUUCAAAAGAUUACAGUAACUGUAAAAAUUAAUAAACCAAAUACGAUUUUACAUUAUAUUUUGUCUCACCUGAUUUUUAAAAUUUUGACAUACAUCUGACAACUACAUCCAGAUUGUUUUUCUGUAAUAAUUAAGUAGAAAUUGUCAAAUAAGAAGCCAUUGUUUUAAUUUUUGCAGCUAGGGAGACAAUUCACUUUUUAUUGUUCUAGUUUCCUUGCACAAAAAUAAAUUUUUUCACUGAAGGAAGAUGUGCAGUAGUAAUUGCACUGUAAUCACUAGUAAUGUUGUUAAUUUAUGUUUGUAUCGAUAACGCUGUUUUUAUUAUUCAUAUUUUAUUUAAUAUUGCAUUGAAUUGUUACUUUAACUAGGUGUAUUUGAUUAUAUACAGCUAUUAUUAAACAGCUCGUAUUUACAGGCUUUUUGUCUAUUUUUGCAUUGUCAUAUGAUUAAUUGAUGGUUUUCAACGGAUAUUCAUUUUUCUAGUUAAUUACAUAUAUACUUCUUAUAUAUUCGAUGUAUUGUGUUCAAAAUUAUUACUGAAUAGUGAUAUCAGAACAAGCGAAUGUAUUUUUGUCACUCAUUAGACUUACCUUCAAGAAUUAAUAUUUUUUACCAGAAAGAACUUGAAGUGUCGGUAUGAAAACAUUUGGCUGCUUAUCAUCAGUCAAUCAAUUCUAAUUACUAUGUUGUCUCAUUGUAUCAUGAACAGCCAAUAUAUUUAUAAUUACUUAAUUUUUGUCUGGUCAGAAAGUGCCACAAGCGCACUGAAGCUCCCCUAUAAAAUUAUCUCUUUUUAUUAUGAAAAGUUAUAAUAAUUAUAAUUAUCUAAUUGAACCGGGUUAAUUAAUUGGUUACUUUUUCUCUGCCAUAAAGCACCACAAGCGCACUCGAAACUCAUCUAUUAAAUUGUCCCACUGUUUUUAUGAAUAGCCAAGUAAUUGUAAUCACCUAAUUGAUCUGUGUUAAUUAAUUAUUUGACUUUGCCCUGGCCAGGAAGCACUACAAUUGAAACUAUUAAACUGUUUCACUGUUUUCAUAAACGCUCCAAUAAUUUUAACAUCUUAAUUAAUUGAUUAAUUUUUGCCUUCUUAAAUUGGGAAUGAAUAAUAGAAGUAAUAAUUUCAAAUCAUAUGUGAGAUUCAAUGUGUCAGUCGCACCACUGUAAUUCCAUUAAUAGCGGAAUGACUCAAUUCAGUAUUUAAUAAUACGGUACAAAAUCAGAAAUUUUUUUUUAUAAUGUAUCCGUUAAGAUAGUCUUAUCUACCACUGAAAGUUCUAAUUGAUCCUGUAUCAGUUGGGGAGCUUAAUGACAAGAAAUUAAAAAAAACUACACCCUAAGUGAAAAUAUCAUCUACUUUUAAAAUUCUUACUUAUUAAACAUAUCUACAGGAAAAGUGUUUCCAUAUGAUGUAAAAAGUGUUCCCAUAAAUUCAAAUAAAACAGCAAAAUCAGGUCUAAUGAGACUCCAAAGAAAUUUGAAAAAAAAUAAGGCAUUUCUCCCAUCUUGAGAGUAAAGAAGUAAUUUUUUUCUUAACAACAGCAACAAGCAAGCCAACAGCAUCAACAACAAUUUAGCAAAACAGUCCAUAGGUCCCCUUCAUAUUGUGUCCAAUACCCAUUUGAGCUCUCUCGUCUCUUUUUCAACAGAUUCAUCAGAAAGUAAUAUUGUUAGUAAUGUUUUUUUCAUAAAUAUUUACUUUGGUAAAGAUCACAUGGAAUUUGGUAUCAUUUUUCUCAAGCAUGAUAUCUAGUUUCACCAAUAUUUUUCGUUUUCGAUCAAUGCUGUGAAUACCUUUUAUAAUCACCAAAUGCUUUUUCAUUAUUAGCUGGGUGUGGUGUGCACAGAUAAAUGAAAUAUAUUAUUUCUUCACCAAUAGCAGUCUUUGCUUGAACACAGUGUGGAAAUUAUCACUGUAUGUGAGAGCAUGGUCAUGGUAAAAUAAGAAAAAUUAUGAUGAAUUUUCAAGUGUUUUUGGAUGAUUUCAUUAGUUUUUUUUAUUGCUUCUAUCAGUUUUUCAGUAGUUUAACUGUGUAUUGCUUUCAUAUAGUGUGCAUACUCGUUGAAAAUGAACAUGCAGACUCUUAUGUGUUCGAAAGAGAUUUACCGGUAUAUGAUCAAAAUCUUUGAAUAUGUUAUGUUAGGUAACUGUAUUUCCAAUGUUUUCUUUACUUACAGAUUCAUAUUUAUAAAUUGUUUCAGCAACAAGAACAAAUUAAUGAUAAAGUAUCGUUAAAGUGAAAAAACAAUAGUCAAAUAUAGUUUAUAUUUUCAAGGGUUAUCUUGAUUAGAAAAAGUUUUAUUUGGUAUCACUUAUUUCGCUAUUAUUAGAUUUUUCUAAAAAAAAUCCUGGAAUUUGUUGAAUUCAUUAUUCUAUGCAUUGUACAAUCUUUAUCAAUUCAAUGUGAUACAUACAUCUUUGAUUUCGUGAUUUUCUACCUUCAUAAUUUUUCAUCGUUUUUAUUAGCACAAUGUGUCUGUCUGUAUGUAUAAUCUGGAUAAAGAAAUUAAAAUAUAAGCUAGUGGCUUCGUAA